ACAGGCCUGGAAUGCGCUUCCUGUGGUGCGGCUAGCGGAGCGCGAGGAUCUGGGCUGGGCGCGAGUUCGGGACGUCACCGCGCCGUGUGAGGAGAACCGACUACACCGGGACCGAAUACCGGACACCCCUAGUACUCAGGACUAAACCGGACACCCCGGGCCGGCUGGAUCCGCCUCGGAGCUCCUAUAGAGAUGGCGUAUAAACUCAUCUUCGUGGGGCUGUGUCUCGGUUCACUUUUAUACAGCAAUGCUCAGCAAAGUGGAACGGAGUGUUUAAAAGCUAAUGCCAAAUCUUGUGGAGAAUGUAUACAAGCUGGACCAAAUUGUGGGUGGUGCACAAAAGUGGAUUUUUUGCAAGAAGGUGAACCCACAUCUGCACGCUGUGAUGACCUUGCUGCAUUAAAAACUAAGGGCUGUUUGGAGGAACACAUUCAGAAUCCCAGAGGAAGCAAGGAAAAGCUAAAGGACAAUCCAAUAACGAAUAAGGCCAAAGGAGAGCGUAUGGACCCCUCCAAAAUUACACAGAUCAGACCCCAGCAGUUAAAAUUUGAACUGAGAUCAGGAGAGCCCCAGACAUUUAAUUUAACAUUCAGAAGAGCAGAAGAUUAUCCUAUUGACUUGUAUUAUCUUAUGGACCUGUCAUAUUCCAUGAAAGAUGAUUUAGAGAAUGUAAAAAGCCUUGGUACAGCUCUCAUGAGAGAAAUGGAACAAAUUACUUCAGAUUUCAGGAUAGGUUUCGGGUCAUUUGUAGAGAAGACAGUCAUGCCAUAUAUUAGUACUACUCCUGCUAAACUCAUAAACCCGUGCACCGCCGAACAGAAUUGUACCAGUCCGUUCAGUUACAAGAAUGUACUCAGCCUCACAAGUAAUGGAAACCUUUUCAAUGAUCUAGUAGGCAAGCAGCAGAUCUCUGGUAAUUUGGAUUCCCCAGAAGGUGGAUUUGAUGCCAUCAUGCAAGUCGCUGUGUGUGGUGAUCACAUUGGAUGGAGGAAUGUCACACGCUUGUUGGUGUUUUCUACGGAUGCUGGCUUUCAUUUUGCUGGUGAUGGCAAGUUAGGAGGAAUCGUUCUGCCAAAUGAUGGAAAAUGUCACAUGCAAGACAAUAUGUACACAAUGAGCCAUUAUUAUGACUACCCGUCAAUCGCUCAUUUGGUCCAGAAGCUCAGUGAAAACAACAUACAGACAAUUUUUGCCGUUACUGUGGAAUUUCAGGCUGUUUACAAGGAGCUGAAAAAUCUCAUCCCAAAAUCAGCUGUGGGAACUUUGUCUUCAAACUCUAGUAAUGUAAUUCAGCUGAUCAUUGAUUCCUACAAUUCACUGUCUUCAGAGCUUAUUCUAGAAAACAGCAAAUUGCCAGAAGGUGUAACAAUCAAUUAUAAGUCAUUCUGUAAGAACGGAGUGAUCGGAACAGGAGAAAAUGGAAGGAAAUGCUCCAAUAUCUCUCUGGGUGAUCAGGUUGAAUUUGAGAUCGGUGUAACUGCUCACAAGUGCCCCAAAAAGGACCAAACUGAGUCCAUUAAAAUUAAGCCAUUGGGAUUUACUGAGGAGGUUGAGAUUCUUCUGAAAUUUAUCUGUGAAUGUGAUUGUCAAGAGUCGGGAACCCCUGAUAGCCCAGAAUGUCAUUAUGGGAAUGGUACAUUUGAAUGUGGAGCCUGCAGAUGCAAUGAGGGUCGUAUUGGAAAACAGUGCGAAUGCAGCACAGAGCAAGUUAGCAGUGAAGACAUGGAUGCUCAGUGCAGAAAGGAGAACAGCUCAGAGAUCUGCAGUAACAACGGAGAUUGUAUCUGUGGCCAGUGUGUGUGUAAGAAGAGGGAAAAUCCUAAUGAGGUCUACUCCGGGAAAUACUGUGACUGUGACAAUUUCAAUUGUGAUCGUUCCAAUGGAUUGAUUUGUGGAGGUAAUGGAGUCUGCAAAUGCAGAGUUUGCGAGUGUUUCCCCAACUUUUCUGGUAGUGCUUGUGAUUGCUCAGAAGAUAAAUCAACGUGCAUUGCAUCUAAUGGUCAGCUAUGUAAUGGAAGAGGAACGUGUGAAUGUGGAAGGUGCAAAUGUACAGACCCCAAAUUUCAGGGACAGACGUGCGAGAUGUGCCAGACCUGUGUUGGUGUUUGUGCGGAACACAAGGAAUGUGUUCAGUGCAGAGCGUUCCAUAAAGGAGAGAAACAAGAGGGGUGUGAUACCCAGUGUGCACAUUUCAACCUUACUAUGGUGGACAGCCGUGACAAGUUACCUCAGCCAGGACAGGAAGACGCUCUUACACACUGCAAAGAGAAGGAUGUAGAUGAUUGCUGGUUUUACUAUACCUACUCUGUAAAUUCUAACUCUGAGGUUCAUGUGCAUGUCGUGAAAGACCCAGAGUGUCCAAGUGGCCCUGAAAUAGUUCCCAUCGUUGCUGGUGUGGUGGCUGGAAUUGUACUUAUUGGAUUGGCAUUGUUGCUUAUAUGGAAGCUUCUUAUGAUUAUUCACGACAGAAGAGAGUUUGCCAAAUUUGAAAAGGAGAAGAUGAAUGCCAAAUGGGAUGCUCAAGAGAAUCCUAUUUACAAGAGUCCUAUUAAUAAUUUCAAGAACCCAAACUAUGGACGCAAAGCUGCUCUCUGAUUCUCAGGUGAAAACCCCAUCUACAAGAGUGCAGUAACGACAGUGGUGAAUCCUAAAUAUGAGGGAAAAUGAAUGUGAUGACUUGUGUAUGGUCUGCCAGGCUAUUUACGAAGUAGCAUUUUUGUUCUGAACCCACCGCCGAUAUCCGAUGGGUGAAUCUGCAGCAAUUUACUGAAACAUUACAGUGUUUGACAUUCAGAUUUUCACAAUGUACAGUUUAUGUUUAAAAAAAAUCAAUCAUGUCAGGUUUUCGAGAAAAUUUUACUUGUGCCAUUGGACUGUUAAAAAAAAAAAAAAAAUUGGAUCAGGUAGAGGUUCAUCGUCAUGGAAGGUCACAUUGUGCCUUUUUUGACCACCUACCUCUGUGCAAGCAGAUCAUUUACUUUCUUUUUUUUUGUUUUGUUUUGUUUUUGUUCUUGGGUUGUAAUUACAGGGUUUGCCAAUGCAAGUAUUACACUUCUGCUUCACAGGGAAAAUCGGGGUUGGAAUUUUACAGACUAGCCAAUAUUAAUGCGAUGCAUACCUCAGAUUUCAGCAUGAUCAGCAAGUUUUGGAUGGUGUAAUGUAGGUUAUAUUUUGUAAGAUAUAUAAAGGAUGAUUCUAAGUGCAAAUACGAGAGGGAGCAAAAAAAAUCCUGAUGCCAUAUAUGGUCCUGGUGCAUGCCUCCUGUAAAUGGUAAAUUUCAGCUCUGUAGAAAUUGCUGCCACAAUUUAAGGGCAACAGCACACUUGUGUGGCACUGCAGUUUCCAUCCUGAUGGCUGCAUCAAAAUGAUGGCAAAAGAAAAUGUCAAGGGACAAAUAAAAAGCUUGCCGUUGCUGACCAACCUCAGCUUUUAUUGCCGGACUGUCUUGCUGACCCUGGAACAAGCAUAUCGCUGACACAAUAAUGAAGCCAGGGGAUGAGCAAGAUGGGCAAAUUUUGCAUGUUCAGAAGGUUAUGACAGGUUUGUUUUAAAGGACAGGUAAGCUUAAAGUUAAAGUACAUUGGCUCCCUUCUUGGACCACUUGGCCAAUUUUGUUCAAUAACUCCCUUCCCAGCUUACUUAUUUUCCAAGAUAGCUGUGACCCAUCCCAAGCAGUGACUUUAUCUACGGUGGUCGACCCCAAACCUUUUCAACACUGGCCACAACUUGGACAAUGCCUUAGUUAAGUGGCUUGGGGAAGGGGGUUAUAAAAUGAGUUCACAGGUUUAGGAAUGGUGGGUUAACGUAGUUUUAUUUAAAGUAAACUUGUAAUAUUUAUGUGGUCAGAGGUGUAAAUGGUGCUUAAAUUUAGGACUUCAAUGUCCAUGGUGUGGCCUUCAUAUUCAAGUUCGACGUAUGUCUUGUUUCCACUAAAGUUGUUCCAGCCUUUAUCACACUACAGGGAAGAAUGGUUUGGCCUUUGCAACGAGUCAGAUUAUCCCUCAUAAGGGAGAAUCUGGUUUCUGGCUUUAUUAACUUUAUUCCAGAAUUCCUAGGGUAGGGUGAUCUAGACACAAGAUGGAUGCACCACUCAGUUACUGCAGUCGCUACACAAGUGUGUACAUACUUUUUUAAUACCCAGCCAAAAAUUUCACAGUGCAUUAUUUGUUUAAAGGCCUUAAGUAAUGUCAGAGUAUGUUUGUUUUUAAAUCAAGUGCUUCCUUGUCUUCCUAAUCAUGUAGUGUCUUUUUGCAUUUCAUCAGAAUUUCACCUGAAGCUGUAAAAUGUACAGACUUGUCCUUUUAGGUUACUUACACUGUGACCAUUUCAUUAUUCAGCCUUGUCACAGCUCGAUCGACAUUUUUGUGCCAUAUGGUUUCAUUGUAUUUUAGCCUUGGACCAUUUUGCUUUGCCUGUGUUUCAUGUUUGUCACAAUCUUGUUUUUAAGUGCCUUUUUUAUUUUAGCAGGUGUUCACUUUUUACAAAACUGUUAACUGAAGUUAUUUAUUAAAUAAAACUACUUUAAAACUA